UCUCAAUUUCUCAGGUUUUACUGAGGAAUUGUUGAGAAAAGUAUCUAAGUUGAUGACAGUAGUACAGAUCUCCGACUUCAUUCUUGUAAACAUUGUGUUUGGAUUUAUGAAAGUAAUUGUUUUUCCUAUCUGAGAUUCAUCAGAGUGCAUUUUAUACAAAACAUUCAAUUGAUUAAGUUGUUUGAUUGCAAAAUCAAUCGAAGAACUCUCAAAUAAUGUGUAAUUUUGUAUGUGUAUGGAUACGACAAUCUUGGUUGGACAAUCCAUGACUUCUUAGAUAAUCGUAAUAGCCUUGGAGUUUUACCAUGGAACAAAUAAAUGAAGUGCAUAGUGAUACUAACAAAACAGAAUUGAUAACAUUAGAUGUACCUUCAUUAGCAUCAGAAUCAAAUACUGAUAAUGUAAAGAAUGAGGAAGAUAUUUCAGAAAAUCAAGAAGACAAGCCACAGAAAUGUACAGAUAUUAUAAUUCAGAAUACUUUAUCAACAAAUGAAUAUGAUGCAACAGAUUCAAAUAAAAGAAUUGAAAGUAAAGAAAGUGUUGCAGAAAGCAUAGAUAAUGCUAUAAUUAACGAAGUGACACAAAAAAUAACAAAGAAUGAUGUGCAAAUCCAUGAUCAGUGUAAAAAAAAUGAGAAAUCUCAGGAAGAACAAACAGAGAAGACAAAUGAGAUUGAAGAUAAUUUAAAAUGCAUUGAAAAUACAUCGUUGCAUAAAGAAUGUACAAACAGUGAAAUACUUAAUACAAAUGAGGCUGAACAAAAUUAUGAUGAGAAACAAAAUGUUUGUACAGUAUUAAAUAUAGAUACAGUUGAUGACACUAAUGCUCACUGUCAAGCAUUAAUUAAAACACUUAGUGAAACCUUUGAUGAUAAAGACCAAACAUUACAUGUUACAGAUACAGAGGCAGAUUUGUCUAAACUAGUUGAUAGUAAUUCAGAAGUAAUGGUACUGACUGUAGAAACUAUUAAUGAUUUAAAUGAAAGUACAGAAGAAAAUAUUGUUGUAACUGUACACGAAAAGGACACUGUUGUAAAUUCCAAUGAAAAUAAUGUUUCUGUAGAACAAAAAGAAAUAAAGAAAACUGAAGUUGUAAAUGAAGGAUUUAAUUUAAUAGAUUAUGCUCAAGAAAGUGAUGGAACAAUUAUAGAAGUGAUUUCAACAGAAAUUGUGGAUUCUGAAAUUUGUGAAAAUUGUAACCAGCAAGGCAAUAAGGAAGUAUUAAAUCAUACAGAACCAGAAAAAGAUUCUGUAACUCCUAUUACUUCAGAAGUAAUUAAUAAUCCAGAAACUAUGGAUGAUGUUAAUAUUAAAGAAGACAACAUAAAGAUAGAGGACAAGAAUACUGAUGAAAGAUAUAAUGUAGAACAAGAAAAAGUAAAUGGAAAUAGCAAGACUGAAUCUUUUGAUAGUUCACAUAAAAUUAAUGUAGAAAAGAAAAUUAUUCAUAAUAAAAUUACCUUACCUACAUAUGUCACGAAUACAGAAGGAGAAAAUAAAUCUAUAAAUGAACCGGGUAAAGUGGGGACAACUAAUAAAAGAAGUGUAAUUCAAGAUAUCUUCGAUGACUGGGGUGAUGAAAAUAUAGAAGAUGAUAAUCAGUCUAAAACACCAGAUACUGUAGAAAUUGAAUUGAAAAGUUUAUUAAAUGACACAAAAACACAAACAAUAGAAGAGAGCACAGUUGUGCUACUUGAAGAAGAAAUUACGUGUAUUGAGAAAGAAUCGGUUGUAGAUAAUGGAAAGAUUAUAGAAGUUGCUACACAAAAUAAAGAAAUACAAAUAUCAAAGGAACAAAUGGAUAACAAUCAAAUAACAAAAAAACAACAAAAUAGUAUGAAGUCAUCACUUAAAGAACAAUUAACUUAUUCUAUAUCACAGGCAGUUGGAAAGCCUACAAAAGAUUCAAUACACGAUACUGUUGCAUUUAGUCAAACUUCAUCGUCACAGGUUGUGCCUACUAAUCGUCGUAAUUUAACCAAUCAACCUUCGCCAGUCGAAAUAGCAGAAGCACUAAAAGAACGACUCCGCGAAAAGCAAAAAGUAGUAGAACAACCACCACGACCUGAUAUAGUUUUUGUUAAAAAACUAACCCAGAGAUUAUCAAGUAAACUAGUAGGUAGUCCAGGAACUUCUUUACCAGCACUUAUACCAUUACCUCAAUCUAUUAAUCAAUCCCAACUUGAUAAAAAACUGGUAGAUAAUACUAAUACAGAAACUAACAAAGAAAGUAAUUCUGAUAAUAAAGAAUUGUUGGCAAUAUUAGAAGGUGAUGUUGAUCCAGAUUGGUCUAAUUUGAAACCACCAGUUUUAACAGAAGAAGGAAAACGUUCAGUAAAGAUUGAACAAAGUGGUUAUAAUACACCACCAAAACUUGAUCCUUUAGUUGAAAGAGAAUUAGCUUUGAAACAACUUCUGGAAUUACCAAUUACGCCACCUAAAAAAAAUGUACAGAAGAAGAAGAAAACACCUAUUAAAACAUCUAAAGCAGUGAAAAAAGUUAUGUCCAACAUAGAAAAAGAAAUAACUGAAACUAAUCCAAUAAAUGAAAUUACGGAAUCUAUAGAGAAUAAAAAUCCUUCUGAUACUGCUUCGUCUUCUUUAUUUAUUGAAUUUCAUACUCCAGAAAAGAAAACAGAUGUACAAGAUGUACGAUUAGAUGAAUCAAGAUCAGGCAGAAAACGAAAACUUACAGAAAAAGCUAGAGAACAUGAACAACAACAAAAUAUUGUAAAACGUCAAAAAAUAUAUAAAGGAAAGGUUUCACCAGGCAAGAAACAACCUCAAGAACAAAAUUUAGCUGAUAUUAAUUCAUUAACUGAAAAUCAUAUAUCUAAGGAAACUAUAGUACUUGCUAAUGACGAGGCUACAAGAACAGAUGAAAUAACAAAUAAACAUGUCACAAAUAAUAAUAAAGUAGAUGUAGCAUUAAACAAACUUGAUGACACACAAAAUGUAUGUAAUUUAAAACUUUUGAAACAAAAUCUUAGUAAAAAAGGAUCGCAGUCUCCUGAUAAACAAAAUAUAGUAGUAAAAAAGAUAUUAAAAAAUAUACCUUCUAAUAAAAAAACUGUUGCUGUAAAAAAUAAAUUAGGCACAUCAAAGAAAUCAGGGUCAAAGAUAGUUCCAAAAUCAAAAAGAUCUACAGAAAUCUCUAUUGGAGAUCCUAAACCAAAAAAGAAGAUCAUAAACGAAAUAGAUAGAUUACUUCAAGAUGAAGGUGUUGUAAAUUUAUUAUACGAUGUAGAACAACCUGAUAAAAAAAGAUUAGUUCCCAUUACUAAGUCCCAAGCAAAAGUUAUGGAUAUACAAAAAGUACAACGUGAACUUAAACUUAGAAAAAGGUUAGUACGUAAUGCAGUUUUAAGAUUACGUACUUCAACAACUGGUGUAUCAAAAGUUUCUCCAAGAUCUAAAAGAACUUCUUUAUAUCCAAAUGAUAUACAAGUAGAUAAAAAACUUGGAGAUCAAACUGCAUCAACAAAACAAAUGAAUUUAACAUCUCAAGAGUUUAUUUUACCUGCAAAGAUAAGAAAUGCAGCAGAUGCAUCUGUUAUAAUUAGGAGACAUUCAUCUAGUUCAUUUUCUAGUGCAUCUGGAAGUCCUAGAGUUAGUAUUGAUAGUCCAGAAAAGAAUGAAGUUAUUAAAGUUGAUGAAGGAGGAUCCCAUUCUUUAAGGUCUACAAAAAGACGAUAUUCACAAGAUGAAAAAGUAAAUAUAAAAAAAAGUAAAAAGAAGACGAUACAGAAAAGUGAUACAGGAAAUGAUCUUGAUACUCUAGAAAAUAAGAUUGUAUUUCCGGGACGUUUCAAUAAAAAAAUGGAUUCAAAAAAGCCUGAUAAAAAUUCCAAACAGAUAGAAACAGAUGAAACUAAUAAUGAUUUAGGAAAAAUUAUUACAAGAUCAAAUGGUACAACUACAGGUAAAGUAACAUCAAAAACAAAGAAAACUACAAAGAACAAAGUUACAUUUGCUAAAACAAGUGAAUCAGAAAACAAUGAAGAAUUUUGCAAAGAAGAAGAUAAACUUUCAGCCUGUCUUGCAGAAGCUGCAAAUGCUCUAUCAAUAGUCAAUGCUGGAAAUCGAAUUAUAAGUUCAGCAGCAAAUCGUAAAAAUAAAGCCAAUGUGAAUAUCACUAAAACAUUGGAAGUGGAUAAUAAUAAAACAAAAAUGGAAACUCGAAGUCAAUUUAGUAAUAAAGAAAUAAAUAUACGUCGACAUGGAAAUCUUGUGCAAUUAAUACUUACACCAUCAUCUUUAACAAAAAUAAGAAAUGCUCUAACUCUCCAGGUGAUGCAAGAAUUUCGCGAGACAUUAUCAAUUUUGAAAAAAGAUGAUGAUUGCAAAGUAGUUUUAUUAACAUCAACAGGAAGUAGUUUUUGUGAAGGUCUUGAAUUAUCUAUGUUAUUGCAUACAAAUAAAGAAGAACGGCGAAUGCAUGCCCAAGAAAUGGCAGAUGCAGUUAAGGACUUCAUUAAAAGUUUAGCAUCAUUUAACAAACCUAUUGUUGCUGGAGUUCAGGGAGCUGCAGUUGGACUUGGAGUAACAAUGUUGCCUUUAUUUGAUCUUGUGAUAGCUAGUGAUAAAGCUACAUUCAGUACACCUUAUGGUAAAUUAGGACAAAUUGCUGAAGGUGCUGCUGUAUUCACUUUAUCGCAUAUAUUGGGAAGUGCAAUUACAAGUGAAUUAUUAUUAGGUGGAAGAACAUUAACAGCUAGUGAAGCAUUAAGAGCUGGUCUUGUUACUCGAGUUCUGUGGCCUGAUAGAUUUCAAGUUGAAUUAUUACCGACAUUAAAAGCUAUGAGUGAACAAUCUUCACAAUCUAUGGAAGCUACAAAGGCAUUGUUACGUCAUAGUUUGAGAAAAAAAUUGGAUGCGGCAUUAGAAUCAGAAACAUAUUUGCUGAUACAACAUUGGUGUUCUGUAGAAUGUCAAGCUGCUAUAAAAGCUUACAUUGAUGGAAAAGUCCAGUGAAAUUUAAAUGGUAAUACUCUGUUUUAUCUGUACAUCUGUUUUUAAUCAUUUGUAACUUAUAUGCUAGAAAAAAAAUAACGAGAAUAUUAAGCAUGGAUGAGACAAUUAUUUUCAUGAAGUAUUAAAUAUGACGGUAGUAAUUUUAUAGUACAUACAUAUAACAAUAUGCAAAGUGUAAAUACAUGUUUGUCAUUGUUAUAUAUAAUUUGUAUAUGAAAUUAUAUAAUAUAUUAUUUCUUUAAAAAAGGAGAUUGUUUCAAAAUUAGUUUUCACAUUUAUUAUCUGUUAUUCUAUUAUUAAACAUUGUAUAUAAAAUUAUAAUUCAUUAUAAAUGAUAUUCAAAACACAAAAAUAAUAAUGAGUUAAUUAAAAUAUCUUCUAAAAAGACUUCAAAAAAUUCAAUUGUGUGCUAUAGAUGCCUACUGAUUUUGAAUGGAAGUACUAACGUCAAAUUCCAUACGUUGUAAAUUGGAUUUGAAGAUUAAUAACGAGAUAAUUAAUUUGAAGAAUACAAGAAAAAAAAUCACGGAUCUGGUGUGUCAUUUUAUAUCAGCCAACGCACGAUUAUUAUAAAUGCGAUUAUUAUAUAUAAAAUAUAAUAAUUAUCCGGAUGAACUAUUUUAAUAUUAGAUGAUUUAGAUAUAUGGAUUUACAUGCACGCAUGAUCAUACACAAAAUAUUUCAUGUUAUUGUUUUGAGUAAUUUUUAAAUUAUGCUUUACCUAAAAAAAUAUGUACAGGGCAUCCACAAAUUUAUUGUCUGGUGUUUUUUCUCGUAAACAAUAGAUGGAAAAAUGAAAAAGGCUAAAGUACUCUUUUUUUCUAUAUGCAAUGUAAUGAUACGUAAUCGUUGAAUUCAUCUUCAUAUUCGCUUUCAUAUAAUAUAAAAAAAUAAAUAUAACAUUCCAUUUAAAAAAAUUGAAGGUUACUUUCAGUUCUCAAAAAGCAGUAUGACUAGAAAAAAUUUCUAUUACAUUGCGUACAGAAAACAAUAUAACUUUAUCUUCUUUCAUUUUUCCAUAGCAUCAAUCGAAAAAGCUGGACAGUAAAUCCGUGAACACCUUGUAUUUUCUGUUUUAUUCAGAAACAGAAAAUAUAUAGAACAUAAUCGAUUUUGCACAAUUUAAUAUUUUGUGUAAAAAAAGAAAAGAAAAAAUAAAUGGCGAAAAAAUCAUUAAGUAAUGCUUAAAUAUAAAGAAACUCAUGAUAUAAAUGCUUGGAUUAUCCAAGACGAUAAUAUAUUACGCAUCUCAUUUUGUAUAUGUGUGUGUAUGUAAAUUUUUUUAUAGUAUAUCAUUAUUGUAGAAUAAAAUAAGAAAUGACCAUUGUAAGCAUUAGGGUGAAUUUGUGUUCUUUGCACACAUCAAUAAAUUUUGAACAGAAUGUAAUCUUAAAUUACAUAUUAAAACGUAAUUUAUACUUCUUUUAUACUUGACAUAAUGUUGUGCCUUGGUCAAUUUAUAAAAGAAUAAGAAAUAUAGAUAUAGAAAGAAGAUAUUUGUAAUUACACUCUGGAAAAAGUACAACAAUUGACUGAUGAUUAAAAUAAUUUUAAAUAUAUCAAAUUGUUUUUAAAUAAUUUUUAUUCAAUUUGUUGAUAACGUACAUGAUUAUAUAUUUCAGAUUGUUUAUUUCUAUUAUUAGUUAUAUAUACUUCAAAUAUCAACAUAUAUACAUAAGUAUUUUAUAUGUAUGUAUUGCUUUCAACAAUACAAUCAUAUUGGAUAUAUUUUAUGUCAAAAAGCAAUUAAAUUAUUUUAUGAUACAAAUAAUGUAUUUUACUUCAAAAUCAUGUAAAUCAUAAAUAUAAAAAAUAUAUAAAAUAGUUAUUUUAAAAUAACGUAGCGUUAUAGACAAGUUCAAAGAAGGGCCAUUCCAGAAAAUGGACUUAUAACCUUCCUUGAACUUAAUGUAUGAGAUUUAAGGAUCAUAAGGGGCUAUGAAAUAAGACUCAAGGCAACAUUGAGAAAUUUCAUUGAAUACUGUUCAAAAACAUGGAGUAUGUUGUAAAGAAUACAGUCGCUCUUGUACAAAUGUUACACAUGUAAGAAUAAGCCAUUCUAAAACAUUGUAUUAUCAUUGAAUAUAAAGCCCAUACAAAUAUAAAGGAAAUAUUCACAAGCCAA